CUUCCUUCUAGCACUAUGAAGAAAAGUGGUGCUCCUCUCCUUUUGGGUAUAAUCUUCCUGAUUCUCAUUGGAGUUCAAGGAUCUCCAAUGAUGAGGAGUGGACGCUGUUCCUGCAUCGACACCAACCAAAGGAUGAUCCACUUAAGAUCCUUAAAGGACCUUCAACAGUUUCCCCCCAGCCCUUCUUGCAAAAACACUGAAAUCAUUGCUACAAUGAAGAAUGGGGAUCAAACAUGUCUAAACCCAAAUUCAAGAUACGUGAAAAAAUUGAUUAAAGAGUGGAAGAAACAGGUCAGCCAAAAGAAAAACCAAAAGAAAGGAGGAAACAUCAAAAAAAGCAGGAAAUUUCAACCUCCUCAAAAGAAGGCUACAUAAGCAACCACUUUACCAACAAGUAUAUUGUGUUAAAAGUGUUCUUUUUAAUUUUGCUGAAAUAAUUUCAGAACAGGACGGCCCCUUAAUCCAUCAGCUUGUUUACCUGACUAGAAAUUUUAAAGCAUUGUUAUAAAAUUGUAAUUAAAUAUAGAAAGUGGCUGUUAAAACCCAAAUGUUAAGAAUUGUUAGAGACGGUAGUUUGUCUUUAGUCUUCCACCGACAACCAGCUGAAUUUCAUCAUGCUUAAGAGCAUGAUCUUAGUAACACCCACAUGUGGACAAUGCCCACACAAACACA